AUGAUUCUUCAGACACUCUUCGGGUUCUCCUCCAGCAUUCGAUCAGCAGUCUCAGUUCAUUUGUGGAGGAACUUUGGUGUCACAGCAGUGGCAUUUAAUAAGGAACUUGAUCCUGUACAGAAACCUUUUGUGGACAAGAUUAGAGAAUACAAAUCUAAAUGACAGACAACUGGGGCACCUGUUGAUACUGGCCCAGAAUGUCAGCCAGAUCUAGAGAGGGAGCUUUUUAAGCUGCAGUACAUGUAUGGUAAGGCAGACAUGAACAUGCUCCCUAACUUCAAGUUUGAAGAUCUCAAAUUUGAAAUCAUCGAUAAACCCCCAUUCUGA